CUAAUCAAAUACACCCCUAAAUCUAAAAUAAAAUUACUAACGUUCUUGCGGACUCUCUUCUCUAGCCGUCUGUUUGUGUUUGAGGUAGGAGCAGAAAGGUGAUGACGUCAGUCUCUGGUUCGAUGAUUGAUUUGGAUCUGAAGAAUGAGUUGAGGGGUCAUGAAGUCGCCAUAGUCGAACUCAAAAACCUUCCUUCUCAAAGAACUGUCUAUCAGAAAAAUGGAAACCUGUUUUUUCGUACAACCGUCCAAACAGCAAUAAACACUGAGCAGAAACAAGUUGAUUCAGCCAAAGCCAAGCUAAAGAAUCUGAAUGUUUCAUCAUAGUCAUAUAUGCUAGAAGAACUCCUGUGGUUUAGUAGAAAUGUGGAAUUUUCGUUGAGAUGUGGAUCGAGGGCAAUAACGAUAUGUUAUCACUUAGAGACUUCAUCUUUUUUGGACCUAGGCAUUGUAAAUUUUAUAAUUGCAUUUACUCCAAUGAAAUUGUUUCUGGGCUGCAAAAUGAACCUGUCAUGAAUACAUUGAAAUACUUAACCUGCCUUUAUGAAUUUUUUCCUA